AUGGUCUUCGCCCUGAAAAUUUGGAGGUACUAUUUAUAUGGGGAGUUUGAAUUAUUCUGCGAUCACAAGAGUUUGAAAUAUAUCUUCACUCAAAAAGAUCUGAACAUGCGGCAACGUCUAUGGAUGGAAACGCUGAAAGACUUCAAAUUUGAAGUAUCCUAUCAUCCUGGCAAGGCGAACCUUGUAGCUGAUGCCUUUAGUCGAAAAAGGAAUCACGAAGUUAUGGCUGGUCUCAUGAUAAGAGAAGGAAAAAUGAUGGAUUUCAUCCUGGACUAUGAUGCGCAGUUUUCCUUCAAAGGACCAAGUAUCUUAAUAGCUUCGUUGGUAAUAGAACCAGCCUUGAUUCAUCGUAUCAUCGAAUUCCAAGACCAGGACAAAACACUAAAGAAGUUGAGGCUGAGGUGUGAAAGUGAAGGAAUGUCGGACUGGUAUGUCAGUUCAGACGGCGGCCUGAGAUAUCGAGGUCGUAUCUGUGUACCGGCAGUGGUGGAAUUGAAACAAGUAAUACUGAGCGAAGCGCACAAGUCCCGUCUGACCAUUUAUCUUAGUAGUAUGAAAAUGUAUCGAGAUGUCAGGCGUUAA